UAAGAAGGUCACUCAAAAUGUAUCAAACAAAUUUUGGGAUUCACAAUAUAAAGGAUGGAGAGUACACGCAAACAAUUUACACCAUGAUCAAAGAGCAGCGAUACGCUGAGGCGAUUCAAGUGCUGAACAGGAUCAUCAUUUCUCAUCCAAAUUCAAGAGCAGCACUUUCCCUGCUUGCAUAUUGCCAUUACGCUACUCAGGACUUCGCCAGUUCUGCUCACUUCUACGACACCCUGACUCAAAUUUGCCCUGACGAUGCGCAGUACAAGUUGCAUCACGCGCAGGCCCUUUACCAAGCGUGCAUGUACGAGGACGCCCUGCGGGUCACGUCGCAGAUCGAAAAUCCCGACUUGCAGCUCCAGGUGACCAAGCUCAGGGCAGCGAUUAAGUACGGCGAGGAAGACCUGGCUGGAGCAAAAGGACUGGUCGACAGCUGCCCUUCGGAUGAUCCUGACACAGAUAUCAACCUUGGCUGCCUACUUUUCAAGGAAGGGCGCUACGAUGAUGCUCUGCAGAAGUUCACUCAGGCGCUGCAGGUAAUUGGUUUUGACGCUCAUCUUUCAUACAACGCAGCGCUCUGUCAUUUCAAAUUGAAAGAAUACACUGUUGCCCAAAAAUAUAUUGCAAAUAUCAUUGAGCGAGGUAUAAGAGACCAUCCUGAGCUUAGUGUUGGAAUGGCUACCGAAGGCAUUGAGGUCAGGAGUGUAGGCAACACCCUGACCCUUCACGACACCGCCCUUGUUGAAGCGUUUAACUUGAAGGCGGCUAUCGAGUAUCAACUGAAAAAUUUUGAGGCCGCCCAAGAGGCUCUGACUGACAUGCCGCCACGCUCUGAGGAGGAGUUGGACGCUGUCACCCUGCAUAAUCAAGCUCUCAUGAAUAUCGAAGCAAAAACGACGGAAGGGUUCGAAAAGCUGCAGUUUCUACUCCAGCAAAACCCGUUUCCGCCUGAAACCUUUGGCAACUUGCUUCUCCUCUACUGCAAAUACGAAUACUUUGAUCUCGCUGCGGACGUGCUUGCUGAAAAUGCUCAUUUGACUUACAAAUAUCUUACGCCGUACUUGUUUGAUUUUUUAGACGCAUUAAUCAUGCAGCAAACUUCCCCUGAAGAUGCUUACAAUAAGUUUGACGAGCUUGCGUCUAAACACACCGAAACGCUUAGAAAACUUACAAAGCAAGUGCAAGAAGCUAGACAGAGCCAAGAUGAUGAAAUGGUAAAAAAGGCAGUUACUGAUUAUGAAGACGUCCUGGAAAGAUAUGUUCCAGUGCUCAUGGCUCAAGCGAAAAUUUACUGGGACAUGGAAAACUACCAGCAAGUGGAAAAAAUAUUCCGCAAGUCAGUCGAGUUCUGCAAUGACAAUGAUACUUGGAAGUUAAACGUGGCGCACGUCCUCUUUAUGCAGGAAAAUAAAUUCAAGGAAGCGACCGGGUUCUAUGAGCCAAUCGUCAAAAAACACUACGAUAAAAUUUUGAACGUCAGCGCUAUUGUACUUGCAAAUUUGUGCGUCUCCUACAUCAUGACCUCUCAAAAUGAGGAGGCUGAAGAAUUAAUGAGGAAAAUCGAAAAAGAAGAGGAGCAACUCGCCUACGAGGAUCCAGACAAGAAAGUUUUUCACCUCUGCAUUGUCAAUUUGGUCAUUGGCACGCUGUACUGCGCCAAAGGGAAUUACGAGUUUGGAAUAUCAAGAAUCAUAAGAAGCUUGGAGCCGUUCCACAAGAAAUUAGGCGUAGACACUUGGUUUUAUGCCAAACGCUGCUUUUUGUCCCUAAUCGAAAACUUGGCUAAGCAAGUUAUUGUUGCGAAAGACUCGUUCUUAGAAGAGUGCGUCCAAUUUUUGGAACAGUGUGAAGCCUACGGUGAAAAUGUAAAAACGAUCGUGGAUCAGCCAAUUGAAGAUAUUCAGAUCAACUGGGGACAGAAAACUGUUGCUUUUGAAGCGCGACAUUUGAAAUCCUUAUUGCUGCGACUUCAAAUGUAUUGAGAUAAAAAAUCCAGAGUUAUGUUUAUUAAAAAAAACAUUGAGUUAGAAAUACUUUCUUGCUAUUCACUUUCUUUUUUCAGUAAAUGAAAUUAUCAGGAAUAAACUAGAUUGA